UGGUUUUCAUUCUACGGUGCUCUGGAGACACUGUACCGCACUUGGCCGUCUCUUGUGGCCUACAUGGAAUCCCAACCCAACAGUGAUGAUAAAGCCCGUGGAUUCAAAAAAAGCCUGCAGGAGUUCAAUUUCGUUGCCACCCUCUGCAUGAUGAUGGAUGUGAUUCCUAUUCUCACAUUCAUGAGCCUUGCUUUGCAAAAGGAACAUGUAGAGCUUGCGUCAGUUCAGGCUCUGGUAAAAUCAACUAUUACUCAAAUAACAGUUCUUAAGAGUAACAACGACAAAUUCUUGUCCGAGAUUUUGCCAUCACAAGAUGAUGUUUCAGAAGUUAAAUGGAGAGAGAACACUAUUAAAGUGACUGCCCGUGAAGUUAAACAAUUUGAAUCAAUGAAAACGAAAUUCCUUGACAAUGUCCUACUAAAUCUUGAAAAGAGAUUCCCCGUACAUUCCACAAAUGUAGUUAAUGCAUUCGGGAUUCUUAGUCUCCGCAAUGUGCGUUUUCAAAAUGAAAAUCUGUCAACCUACGGAAAUGAAGAGCUGGAAACGUUACUUUCCCACUAUGGAUCUGCAAAGAAAACCCAAGGUGGUAAAGAUGUACCAGCAGUUGUGGAUGCCGAAAAAUGCAGAAUCGAAUGGAACUUUGUUAAAGAGCUGGUUGUUAGAGAGCAUUACCCCGUGGGUCACAUUGCUGAACUAUGGAAAAUGCUCGCUACCCAUCAUAGCGAUGAAGUCCAAAAUUUAAUUAAGCUUUGUCAAGUCGCACUUGUAUUGCCUACUAAUACGGCUGGCUGUGAAAGA